CUUCAGAGGAGCCAGCUACAGGAAAUUGACUUAUGCACAGGAACUUGCUAAUCUCUAUUGUCACAUUAGGAUUGUUCCUGCCACCUCAGUCACCACGCACACUAAACCCAACCAUCUUGGGUUGGAUUCUCUACCAGCUCAACUCUUAUAGUUUUGGUUCUUCCAGUGUGAAUCAGCUAUAUCCUUGGGGAGGAAGGAAAAGUUGAUCCCAGAGGAAUUUAUAACAGCGCUUGGGCAGCUUUUGCUUUUACUUACCUGCACUGAACAGAUUAACUUCCGGAGUCAGUCAUUUUGGUGUCAAGAAAUUUCUUUGGUAUUCUACAACAGUUCCCCAAGUGGCUGGGGUCCGUUAGAAACUGAAGCUGCUGUCUGCUGCCUUCUCCACUUCUUGGAGCAGAAGCCAAGAGAGAGCUGUUUGAAGACGCCACGUUCACACAUCAGUUGAAGACUAGCCGUUGAAGGUUUUCAACGUAGAUUGUGUCUCCCUCGGAUGGACGAGGAGAAUUGCUGUCAGGGGUCCUGAGAAACCCCAUCUGGUUUUCAUUCCUUGUGUUGAAUGGCAUUUGCUUCAGCAGCCCACUGAGGGCCCUUUUACUUGGGAUUCUGAACUUGUAACCCAGAAUCCAGGCUGGGAAGAUGCUGAGUUCCAUCAAGUGUGUGUUGGUGGGAGAUUCUGCUGUGGGGAAAACUUCUCUGCUGGUGCGCUUCACUUCAGAGACCUUCCCGGAGGCCUACAAGCCCACGGUGUAUGAGAACACAGGUGUGGACGUCUUCAUGGAUGGCAUCCAGAUAAGCCUGGGCCUUUGGGACACAGCGGGCAACGAUGCCUUCAGAAGCAUCCGUCCCCUGUCCUACCAGCAGGCAGACGUGGUGCUGAUGUGCUAUUCUGUAGCCAACCAUACGUCUUUCCUGAACCUGAAGAACAAGUGGAUUGGUGAAAUCAGGAGCAACUUGCCCUGCACACCUGUGCUGGUGGUGGCUACUCAGACUGACCAGCGUGAGAUGGGGCCCCACAGGGCCUCCUGCGUCAAUGCCAUAGAAGGAAAGAAACUGGCCCAGGAAGUGAGAGCAAAGGGCUAUCUAGAGUGCUCAGCCCUUAGCAACCGAGGGGUUCAGCAGGUAUUUGAGUGUGCCGUCCGAACUGCUGUCAACCAAGCCAGGAGACGCAACAGAAGGAGGUUCUUCUCCAUUAAUGAGUGCAAGAUUUUCUAACUUCCCGGAGACUUCGCCCACACUCAUUUACUCACCCCAAAGACUAAAGGGACAGGGAGAGCAGACAAGCCGGCAAGGACUGAUGCUCUUUCUAGAUACAUACUGCACAGCACUUCCUUUCGGAUACAGUUGUUGAUGAGACUUGGCCACUGGCUGUUUUUAUGAAAUACACUCUAGAAAUGGACCGCUUGCCCAGUCCAAAUAGAAGGUCCUAUAAUGAAGACUCUCUCUUCGAUUAAAAAGCCAAAAUAGCCUCCAUAAUUUUGGACAAUGAAGUGAGUUUUUCAAGGAAUUCCAUAUUUAAAGACACAUUCUAUUUAAAUAAUAGUAAAAUGUAUAUCUCUUGUAUAUAAUUAGUUUUUACGUUUGGAAAGUCUUUCCCUACGUGCUCCCACACACAAUUGUAACCCUAUGGGGCUCUGCCAAAGGUCUGUAGUGUUUUCACCUGAAGUAGUAAUUUUGUUAACACCACUUGCCUGCUGGAUAUUACCAGGUAAUCAAAUUUUGAAGUGACCAUAGCCUUAUCCUUGCGAUUAAUUUUCCAUCCACCUGUUACUCAGCGUUGUGUAUAAAAUACCGUUCAAUAACAUAAGAUUCUUCAAUACUGCCUAAUUAAAAAUUAACAUUUGAAGUA